CCACAUGUGGCCAGAAAAUUCAUUUAUAACAUUUGUCCAGAUGUAUCAUUAUCUAAAAAAAUCCCCAAAAACUUAAAAAAAGAACACCCAUGACAAAGUUUUUGAAUAGGUACCUAAUUAAUAUGGUAAACUUUAAACGACGCCGUGUAUAGCAUGAUGUGUGGGAAGACAGUUUCGCAUUCUAGCAAUUAAUACACAAUGAACAAUUAACGUCUUGAUUAACUACUACGUAAGAUAAAUCAGGAAUUAUUAUUUCUUUUACAAUACUUGGUUCAUUUUAUUGGUAGUAAAAUGGUUGCAGCAUCCAUAUAGAAAUUACUUAAUACUUUUUCGUUAUAAUUAAAGUAUUGUUGCAUGAUUACUACAAACGGGUGAAAUAGGGGAUGAAUUUUUUGAAUUUUGUAAAACACACGGCGCCGCUUUACGCACAACGGUCAAGUUAAGUUCUAUAUAGCGCAAGUUAAUAUUGAUUUGUUUUCGUGUGUGGGAUCUUGGUCGAAAAAUAGCGUUAGCAAAAUGUACCGCAAAACGGGGUUGUUUUACCGGGGGUUGUAACGUGAUUAAUACACCCGUGUAGAGAAUGACGUCGACUGAGAAUCCAUCGUCGUGUGACCUAUUGACACCUCAAACGCCUGUUUUGUCCGUUUCAUGCAAGAUUCUGAGGUCACCCUCCCAUGAAUCGGUCACCACUGACUUGUCCCUGUUUUCCGUGUCGUCGAUAGCCUCUGACCUCCACGGACGGAAAUUGUUGUGUUUUAAUAAAGAUGGUAGAGGACCGAGCCCCAAUCCUGACAGCAGAAGCAAUAUUUCAUCGACAAGACCUGCAGACAUCCCGGAAAUUUUAUGGUUUGAAGAAGAAAAUGAAAUUAUCCGAAAUUGUGCAGCACUUUCUUCAGCGGCAGGCCUUCAGAAAAGUUUCAGCACAAGCGACAUUAGUCAGUUACCUUCUCCUGAUGAGACUCCUGUCGUACCCGGAUUCAGAAACGCGAUAUCUGAACUGGCCUUGAAUUCCCUCCAAAGAUCCGGAUUCCUUAUGGACAAUCUCAAACUGGACCACACGUCAAGGUCGUGUUCUACGUGGGUCGCUGUGGGAGACAUGGCCUCCACUUCUCAGCUUCCCUCUCCCCAUGGGGGACACUCCACAACAACAAUACCUCCGUCGAAUACACCUCCCCCGCCGGCUUUUACAGCGGCAGACUUUAUACGCUCAGUAAAUAAGAAGGUUCGUCAAAAUUACAUUCGACGUCGAUUAUUGACGACAUACAAAGCUCUGGAAAGAUUGUGCCAAAGUGAGUUCAACUUGGACAGAUUGCAAGUGUCUUUAUCGUCCACGGCCGUAAGCAACAACCCCGCCAGCGGAGCCACGUUACACCCCAAUAGCAGUGGAGUAUUUCGUCUUACAGUUCCUGGAAGUUCGACCCCGAAAUCUCCUGUUAAUUGUUCGUCUUCGUCGCCUGGAUCGAACGCCGAAAUUAUGAGGACUGUAAAACAGUCGGUCAACAAAAAUCUACCACUGACCAUCAGGGAUGUGGAAAGGGAACGUGGGAAACCCUUAUCGAAGUAUGAAAGGAACAUGAUGAUAUUUAAUUGGCUCCACACACUUGACGACUCCGCGUUUGCCGAGGGGGUCCAAUGAACAAUACGCUCACUUUUAUUAUUGUUAUUUUCGUACAGUAAUUAGUUGGUCUUUUAUU